AUGUCCGGCUUCACAGCCGGUAGAAGUGGUCCGGGUGUACCGAGCUCCAAACGGCAAGGAAACAAGCCAUGCCUCUGGGUGGCGCUGGGAUCUGAGCCCGAUGGCACUCGCGAGACCAUGGCCGUGCUCGGCCUUGAUACCCUAGGGCAGUCCCUACGAGAGCGGGGAGUAAGGGGGGAGGGGGCUCGAAUGGCUCUGACUGCGGUUGCGCGGCUACUCGGUGCUCUUCGUCUCACGAGGCGUUUGGCGGCGCAGCAAUGCGCCGAGGUGAGGACAGAGCUGGCCUUGACGCUCGGACGCCUUUCCUGUCGCGCGAUGCUUGUUUCCGAUACUCGGGCGGCCGCUCGGCGAACCUCAAUCUGCAACCGGACCGUGUUGCUGCGACUCGUUCGUUCGGAGAUGCAAUUGUGGCGCUUGCGCGCUGCGGCAGCAGAAUUGCAGCAAUCAUCGAAUGAAAAAGAGGCUAUGAGAACGGCUCAGGCGGAACAGGGCGGGCUAUUUUUCUCGCCCGGUGAAGGUGACGCAAACCCCAGCACCUCCGACGAUAAGCACCCAGCGAAUGUCCGUAGAUAUCAGGACGCCGAGCGUGCUGCUGUCACUAUGAACUGGGGAACAGACAGUGAGACAGAGGCCGCAGGUGACGGGGAGGAGGAACGGGAAGACGAGGACGAGGAAGAAGACGACGACUAUGACGACGAUGAAGAAAUCGAACGCAGCAAAGGUGGUCGCGGGGAACGGAGAUCGAGGAUACAGCCCAAAGGGAAAGAAGGGACCGGGUUCGAGCGAGCGCAGCGAAAGAAACAUCCUGCUGGGGCUGGCUUCACCCUCAACCUUUCCGGUGUCGACCUCGACGACCAAACACUGCAUCAGGUUGUUCGAAAGCUCUUGCGGCAGUGCACGGACCGAUCGCGAGCAUGGUCGGGUGCAGGAGCGAUGCACGAGCAGCAAGGGGGAGCUGGCAAGGACGGCCGAAACGGACAGAACACCUUGAGCAGCAGCACUAUUAUGCCGUUGAGGUGUCUGUUGCUGAGGGGAAACAACCUCACCGACGCGGGGGCGAUAGCCCUUGUUCCGCUGGUAGAAGCGUCUUGCAGCCUCGCAGCGAUUGACCUUCGCGGAAACAGGAUUGAAACGAAAGGGGAGCUGGCUCUCAAAAAGGUGAUGGCGUGUGGAGUUACGGGGGGAAGAGCAACGAAACGAUCUCUCGAACACCGGAUCAUGUUCGAAGAAUCCUUGAAUCAGGGCGCCUUGACGCGCAGUCCGUGGGUCUACCGUGUAACCAGCGAAGAAGUGAGCGGAAGCGAUGCCCGAGAGGGCUCCACCUCCACCGGUGGGGUUGUUCUGCGCGCAAAGCGCCGGCCGAUGUCCACGGUCAGGGAUAGAGCGCGGGCGCAUGCGUUUAAGAGGAUACCACCUUCGAACAAAACGAUCCCAGGGAAAGCGACUAUCAGCCCGGGCCCGUGUUCUGCCAGCAUUGGUCAGCCGGGGGAGUAUCACGCUGGAAACGACAACGGCGGCCACGCGCCAACACACGGGUCCUCGAUCGGCUGUCGCCAAGACGAAAAUAAUGAAGGUCAAGGUGCAAACCGUCGGAACGGUGGUAGCAACCUGACACCUCCCACCGAUUUGGAAAGACUCAUGAACACGCCCAUUGCUGCGUCGCCUAUAUGUACGAUUGAUCUUCGGGGUUGCCCAAGAAGACCGCUACCGCUUCCGUUGGCUGCUGUCGGGGAUUUUGAGCAAGGGGAGCACCUGUCGCCUCCGACACCAUCUCCGACUCGAGUGGACGGUUCACCAUCCGAACAGCAACGUCAUGGCUGCGGCGGCGUGGGUCGUGGCAGCGACCGACAUCAAGUAGGUCAUGCCGAGACUUGUGUCAACCAAAAUACCUCCUCAGUACCAAGGCGAUUCGAUGCAGCGAGCACAAGCAGCGGACACAACGGCCAGGUGACGCGCCUGAUGAGGACUGGACUUGCAGCCAACCUCAUGGGAUCAAGCUCGCGUCGUCCCCGCUACACUCGACGGCGAAAACCCGCUUCGCGAGGCGAGGAUCGCCUCUUUGCCCCAAAGUCUGCCCCGAAGUCCGAGGCUCAGGAACUGGAAGAUCUAACGUCACUAUUGAGCAUAUCUCGAAGAAUAUUCGGCAGGACUAAGGGGUUCGAAGAGACCCACAAUCUUCCCGAGGAGUGUCGCACCCAGGGUGCGACACGCGCUCCAAGGUCGCCAUCGUCCGAGAACGGAAAACGUCCCGACAGCAGCGGAACAGAGACUGAUACGUCGAAAGCAGGGCUUCCCGGGACGGUCCUAGUUGCAGGGCUAGGCAGAAGUCAUUCGACAAACGAGCCCGAAGAGACAGAUAAGUGCGACCAGAUGCCGUCAUCAGCAGGGAAAGGCGACACCACAGCAUCCACAAAAGCGGCAUGUGCCGAACGGCCACAAGACGGUCGCGAGAUAAGCUAUGUUAGUACCGGCAAGGAGGCCAUUGAGGGCGAAGGGUAUCCUGCGGACAACGCAGCGCCUUCCGGCCAAGCACCGCCUGCCUCUAUCAGCGCCACUCACCCCAGGGGUGUGCAAUGCGACGACCGGACCCCUGAAGUGCCCCCCACGGCCGAACCCUAUCCGCACGAGGAAAGCCGGGUUGUGAUAACCGGAACUCCCUUUCCGGCGCAAGACUUCGAUGCGAUUGCUUGUCGUUCCGUCGAUGACCCCCCGCACGAGCCGGCCACCUCCUCGCCUCCUCCGCGAGCGUUCCCCGCGAUCUGCGCCGACGCACGGCGGACCACCACCACCACCACCACGGCGGGUGAAUCUCACUAUUUGGAAGGUGCCGAGAAAGCCGCUGUCGUAGACGACGCAGCUACCGCGGGCGACGUCCAGUACUCCAACUACCAGAAUGGCGAAGACGGGUGGGCUUACGACGAGGCGACCGCGGUGUGGUACUCCGUCGACCCUCUGACCUAUGGAACGACCGCCGAAGGGCUUGGUGACAGUGGCGGUGGUUGGCGAUACGACGAGCAAAGGGAAUCCUGGUACCAGGACGGGCCCCAGGAUGCUUCGUGCGUCCUAGUUCCCACACUGACUCAUGUAGACACAGAGAAUACCGGAGAGAAAGAUAACGGCGCAACUGGUGAAGACCGUAGCGAGAGCAGGCGGAAGGGGUCUCGACGAAUGCCGCGCCGUUCAUUGGGUUCGGGUGUUAGGGAAAAGGAUGCCGUCAGGAGCACUGGAAUGGUUGAGACCGACGCGAACGGGGCCGGGGGUCUCAUCGAAAAGCGGAUCGAGGCGCUCGAACUUGCUCUACAAGACAAGGGGAGACCCAACGACGCAUGGCGAGAACUCAAGAGAGCACCUCCUUGA